AUGUUUUUUCGACAUUCCUAGUUCCAGCCAGUCAGCUAAUCUUUUCAGGAGAAUAGGCGAUUAAUUGAUAUCAUUUUCCAUAGAUAUAUUUAUUGUUGCAAAGAUAAAAGUGCAAAUUUAGUACUAAUCGGAAGAUUCGAACAACGCAAUACUACAAAACUGAUGUCCGUAAUUAAUUGCGUGGAUUUGCAUUCUGCCUGAACCUGUGGAUAUUAUUGCGAGAAAAUAUCUGUGCACUGUAGCAAACGCCAAGAAAAUCCUUUGUUGAAAGAAUCGGAUCAAACAUGAAAUCAUCGAUGACGGGAAUGCUGUUGUGCUGCCUUCUGGCAGGACUUUGGUCAUCUGCUUAUUGUCAAGCAGCUAGAAAUGCGACUGAUGAUAACAAAUCAACGGCAAAUAUCAAAGAUCUUACACCGUCUGAUACUGUUGCAACCAAAAACGACUCAACGAGCUUGAAAGUAUCAACAGAGACAAUUACUGCAGAUCCUACUACUACCACACAGGAGUCAGUAAACACAAAAGAAACUCUAUCAACAACGGAUCAAAAUGCAACUACAACUUCUACAGCGGCAGCACCUGACCAAAACACCACCACUACAACUGCUCCUCCACAAACAACAACAACCCUUCCGACCACUUCUAGCACAGCUUCGCCAAACACUACCACUACCACUCCAUCGACGUCCACCACAACAACUGUUGCGCCAAACAACAGCACAACAACUGUUGCGCCAAACAACAGCACAACAACUGUUGCGCCAGACAACAGCACAACAACUACGACCACAACAGCUGCACCACCAACUCCGCGUCCACCAUGCAAUCAUUUUGAUUUUCCAUCCUUCAUUGGUGGUAUAGUAUUGACGUUGGGCAUUUUGGCCAUCAGUUUGGUUGCCUACAAAUUUUACAAGGCCCGCAACGAGCGCAACUACCACACCCUUUGAGCCGCCACUGCUUUUACGUCGGCAUUUAAUGCAGCAGCCAACACAGCGCCGUCCAAUUCAAGCAGCAUAGACGUCGAACGUGUGCGUUUCGUACAGCCCUCGUUUCCCUUGCGAUCACCACCACAACCCGCUCCAUUGGCAGAGUCCUCCGGCGCUGCUCCAUCAUCGUCACCAUCCAUUCGACAACGGUUGCUGCAAACAUAAUCAAAUACUGAAAAGUAAAUAAUGGAUGUAUUAAGUAAACUUCCCUCUUUCUAUUAAAUAUCUGUGUAUAUCCAACAACAGUAAUAAAUAUCUUUCUGCACUCUAUGUAAAACAAAAACUGCAUACAUAAUGUAGUUAAACUAUGCCACACAAAAUGCGUAAAGUUUCUCAUAUCUUCUCCGCUAAUGUCCCAAAGGUAAAAUUUACUUUAAAAGAGAAAAAACUUUGGAUUAGGAGUGUUAGCUGGUUUGCCGCUUAUUUACUCGGGUUAUUUUAAUGAAAUUUCAUUUAAAUUUUCCGUGCAUUAGUAUGGAAAUAUGGAUUUGAAAGUAAUUGCUAAAUUUAAAGGCGGCUCGACUGUUUGAUUAAACCAGAAUGAAGACAAUUUUUUUUUUGUUUUAAUUGAAGGAUUGUUAAAAAGUCACAUAAUGCUCCAUAAACUAUCAUUUAGAUUCCCUAAAACGAGUGCAAUGAAGAUGCAACCUUGGUUUAUUCCAAGAUGUCGCACCUUCUAUUACCGAAAUUGGUGCUCGAAACCCUGUACUAAAUAUAUUUUAACGUACACAUACAAAAAUAAACCAAUGUAUGGACGUGCAAACAGGCAAAAAUGUUUAAUAAUUUCUUAAUGAAAUCAAAGUGCUGGCGGUGUUUUUCUUGUCACGAAACAAUUGUGUAUGAGUAACUUAAGUGAGGUGUAGAUACUUGUUU